ACCUUCUGCCGUGAGCCCCACCGGUAGCUACGGACCAUAAAGUACGACCCAUAAUUCACCGACUCCUCCCGUUUAAAAAGUGCCCGCGAAGGGACGUUGACUCGAUCUGAAAAUCGCGGAUCUGCUUGCAACUAUGGGCAUUGUGAAGUUCCUCCGCUCCAAGCUGCUGAACAGGCACCGCCGCUGGGACAGAGCCGCUGGGGACGGCAACGGCGGGGAGAGUUGCUCGGGACGGUGCGGCGAUGCUGCGGCGGGGGCGGCCAUGAAGAGAUUGGGGUGGGGAGAGAUCGAGAGGAUCACGGGGGGUUUUGCGGAGGUGGUUGGGAAGGGCGGGUUCAGCACUGUGUACUUGGGGCGUCUCCGUGGCUGCGAAGAAGGCUCUGCCGCUGCCGUGGCGGUGGCGGCCGUCAAAGUCCACUGUGGAGGGGUUGAGCGGCUCAGCCUGGCCUUCAAGCAGGAGCUGGACGUGCUGCUUCGGCUCAAGCAUCAGAACAUCGUCAGGCUCCUUGGCUAUUGCGACGAUGCAGAUCAAGGUGCACUUAUAUUCGAAUAUGUCUCCAGCGGAACCCUCCACGAGCACCUCCACGGCCGCGGCGGCGAUAAGCGCUCGACCCUCCCGUGGAAGAGUCGCGUGAAGAUCGCCUACCAGCUCGCGCGAGCCAUCGAAUAUCUCCACGAGAGAUGCACCCUCCACAUCAUCCACGGCGACAUCAAAUCCUCCAACAUUCUACUGGACGGUGAUUCCGACAGCAAGCUCUGCGACUUCGGAUCCGCAAAAAUGGGCUUCUCAUCUUUGAUACCGCCGCCAUCGUCGUCUCCUUCAUCGUCUCCUUAUGUUAGGAGAAAGAAUCUCAUCAUGGGUUCUCCGGGCUACACCGAUCCGGCAUACUUGAGGACCGGGAUAGCCUCGAAGAAGAACGACAUCUAUAGCUUCGGGGUUGUGGUCCUCGAGCUCGUGACAGGUUUGGAGGCGUUCCGCGCAGACAAGGGACAGGUUUUGGCCUCGAUGGCAGCUCGUAUGGCUAAGGACGUCGGUCAUAUGGACGUCCACGAGGCUGCGAAGAUGGUGGAUCCGAGAUUGAGAGGCGAUUUCGAUGUGGAGGAGGCGAGGGCAUUGAUUGAAUUAGCGAGAUCGUGUUUCGACUACUCAACCCUAAUUAGGCCGACGGCAAGCUGCGUGGUGAAGAUGAUGAAAGAGAAGGUCUCUUCAAUUUCGUUCGCGAACUCGAACUCGAACUCGAACUCGAAGCACAAGCUUUCAUUCGAUCUAUAGCCGAACAUGAACUAUGUUUGUAUGGAGAGCCGUAAGUAAACGUGUGGAUUUCUAUUUUCAAAUGUUUAGUCGAUUUUGUCUUGUUGACAUUUCGAGAACAUCCAAGGUUCGUGCCGUGUGUGUCAUGACUUGCGAGACAUGUUUGGCAAAGGGUUUGUCACAUUUGUAAUUGCAUAAAUGCGAUA